AUGAGUGAUAAAGAAAUCAAGAAUGAACCAGUUGAAAUACCUUCAACAUUAGAAACAGGACGACGUGCAAGAAGUCCAGAUAUACUAGAAGAGAGAAAUGUCGUCUUAUUGGACAAGGAGAAUAUAAAACCUGAUGAAUCAAGGACAGAAUCUAAAAGAAAUGAUGCCACAGUGAAAAAGGAUACCUAUCUUAAAGAACUUGAACCACUCAAACUGAAGCAUAGACCAGGGAAAGAAAAGAUGAAGGAGAAAGAACAAGAAGAGGAAUUAACAGACGAAUUAUAUAAACUACAAGAAGAAUUGAAAUCACAAAAGGAAUAUUAUCAAUUAUUGGAUACAGAAUACAAAAAACUGAAAAAGGAAUUGAACGAGAGAAGUAAGGAGGAGAUAGAGGCUAAUAUUGAAAAGAUAAGAUCAGAAUAUGAAGAAUAUAAAGAAAUCGUCAAGGAAUUGGAUCAAACAUUGGAUAGCUUAAAUCAGGAAGGGUUGAGUAUCGUUGACUUGUUGGAUAAGAAAGAUCAAGAAAUUGCUAGACUGGAAAAAGAACUGCUUAAAGUUGAAAGUGAAUAUUUCAAGUACAAGUAUGAAACAUCAUCUGAAUCAACUCUAUAA